GCUUGGAGGGCACUGAGUCCCGACAAAGCACCUGAGACCUACACCCUUCUGAGUGGGCACUGUGACGAGACAAGCUCUGGCUUCAGCAGGCAGCCGGCUGCAGGCAGAGGCCUCUCCCCCUCGGGAGAGGCCGACCUUGGCCAUCAGGUGGUGUCAUUGGCAGGGCGCCCUCAGCCUUGUGCCAGGGCUUGUUCAGCAUGGGGGUUGGCAGCAGGCUGACAGAGCCACUGUAUAGCCAUGAUCUGAGAGAGUGCAGCAUAGCUCAGAUUCCAGGGGCCCAUGGGAGGAAAUGGAACAUUUCCAGAAAAUUCCAAUGUUUGAGGACCUAGGAUGGGAAACUUUCUACUCGACUGCAAACCACAGAAGACAAACUGCAUUUUCUCCCAUCUGCCAGUUGACCCAGGAAGAUCUCCUGUUUCCCAGCAUCUCAACACAGAAUUCAGUGAGGCUGCCGUGCUCGAUCUCCCACUCCCCUUCCUGUGCUACAGUCCAGAAAGCCAGGGAUGCUGGAGGACUCGCUGCAUUUGUCUUCCUUCUUGCAGCAAUCAAAGCUCUAUAUGCCUGCCAUCCGAUGUCUGAAGUUCAACAGAAAUAUACUGUGUAUGUCUGCAGCCUUCGCUUAAUUAAUUACUUCUGCCAAGACCUUAUUUCCAAAGAUGGUCGUACCCUGAGGCUCCGUGACAAGAGACCUGGACAGAUUUCUGGGCGUCACUAUUCAACCCAACACAAGUGGAGCGCCACUGACUGCAGAGCUCAAAGAUCCGCUCGAGAUGGCUCAGGUAAAGAUGGGCAACAAGACUGCAGCUGGAGCCUGCACUGUGGGGCAGGGGCUCAAGCUUCCCCGGGAUGCUGGUGUCCCACGAUGGAGAGCCUGUUGAGUCCUGACUGCUCUGCUUCCUAUCUAGCUCCCAGCUAAUGUGCCUGAGAAGGCAGUGGAGGAUGAACCAGGUACCUGGCUCCUGCACUAAAAACUCAGACUGUAGUAUGUGUUUGUGUUGUACGAUUUUAUCUCCUGUCCCCCUAUUUCACAUCCUCUCCUGCUUCAUCCUUGUUGGAAACCACCCGAGCCUUUACUCAGAACUUCGCUCAGGAGCAGGUGUGGUGGCUCCGCAGAUUCGGCUGUUGCUUGGAAUGCCCACAUCGCGUGUUCUGGUGCCUGGUUUGGGUUUCUGCUACUCUGUGCUUCAUUGCAGCAUUCCUGCUAAUGCACCUGCGAGGCUGCAGAUGGUGGCUCAAGUGCUUGGGUCCCUGCCACGGUGGGAGAUCCAAAUGGAGUUUCUGCUUCCUGGCUUGGGGCUAAUAAGCCCCAAGUUAUUGCAGGCAUUUUGGGCAAAACCCAUGGAUGGAAGAUCGCGCACUCUCUCUCUCUCUGUUGUUCCACAUUUCAAAUAAAUCUUCUUUUUUUAAAAGGAAGUUAGAUCACAUCUUUGCUUUUUGCUGUUGUUCUUAUGAUUCUAGAAUUGCUGGCAUUUCUUUCCAUGGCGUAAACGGCCACAUUCCAUUACAAUGUGACCCCAUCCUAACUGGCCAAAGCAGACUGAACUGAAGUCCAAGGGUACCAGGCCACAACUGAGCUAUGAUGCGUGAUCUCUGCUAGUCUGAUGGGGGCUUCCCUGUCCUUUUUAAAAUUUAUUUACUUUUUAAAGACAGAGAGACACAGACAGAAAUCAUCCAUCCGCUGGUUCUCUCCCCCUAACAGCUGCAAUAGCUGGGACUGGGGCAGCCCAGAGCCAGGAACUCAGUGUGCGUCUCCUGCGUGGGUGGCCAGGGUCCAGCUACAAAGACCAUUUAUCUGUUGCCUCUCAGGAUAUGCAUUAGCAGAAAGCCGGAUCAGAAGCGAAGCCAGGCCUCAAACGCAGGCAUUUCGAUAUGGGAUGCAAGCGUUCCAAGGGGUGUCUUAACCACUGCACGGAAGGCCCAUCCCUGUCCUAUGUUUAAAAAUCACCCCAAUAGGUAGGCCGCAGAGUAGCGUGCUCAGACUUCUCUGAUAGCAAACACACACACACGGGGCUGAUUACAGAGGAGCUCCGGAGGCCUCUGUCUGGGAGCUGGAUCCAGGUGUUUGAUGGGUCUGUAGGCAGUCGGCUUAACGAGGCCCCAGGUGCAGCUUCUCACCUGGGAGCGCUAGGAGACAAGGGCCUCUUUUAUGAAGGAGCUGGGGAAUCCCAGGCCUGGAAAGGGCCGUUCCGUGACGCCGCGGGUUGGUUGAGCAAGCACACCAGUUCCCUGCACUGACUGAGGAGAGACCCAGCCGGGGCCGGGAGCCAGUGCGCCUCUCCCAGACACUUGCUAAUAGGCUACGUUCUGAGAGUAAUGGGGUGAGAAGCUUUCAGGAGAGUAUUGGAGUCUGAGCAUCCAGCUCAAGUAGGGGAGAGAAGACAGUUUUGGAGCAGAUGCUGCUACCCCAGACCCAGGGAAGGCCAAUCACGCAGAGGACCUUUGGGGAGCCUACCGGCAGCUCUGGGGUCAGGGCAAGGCAGGCGGGGUGCGGGUGGGGAGCCCCGCUUCCUUCCCUGAUUCACGGCAGCUCCUCAUCAAUUUUCAAGACUGGCCGGUGCUGUGGUGCUGGUAAGCCAAACCUGUGAUAUUGACAUUCCACAUGGACCCAAUUCGAGUCCCAGCUGCUCCACUUCCAAUCCAGCUCUCUGCUGUGGCCUGGGAACGCAGUGGAGGAUGGCCUAGGUGCUUGGGCCCCUGCACCCAUGUGGGAGACCUGGAUGAAGCUCCUGGCUCCUGUUUGGUCUGGCCCAGCCCUGGCCAUUGCAGCCAUCUAGGGAGCAAGCCAGCAGAUGGAAGGCCCUCUCCCUCUCCCUCUGCCUCUGCCUCUGCCUCUGCCUCUGCCUCUGCCUCUGCCUCUGCCUCUGCCUCUGCCUCUCCCUCUCCCUCUGCCUCUCCCUCUCCCUCCC